UAAGAUUUGUCUACAGAGCUCUCGUUACUUCUCAUUCUUAGUCAAAGUGACUGUUCCUUCAUCAGCUUCUUAGUUUAUCAGUCGUUGCUCAGUUAUACUCAUCCACCAUGGCCGGAGGUAGACGCGCGGCUGCUAACAAGGCUAUCGAUUGCGAGAACAACGUUGAGCCAGAUGUCGUUGCUCUCCCGACCAAGGCCGAGGUUCCGGCUAAGGGCCGCGGUAAGGCAACCAAGAAGGCUGCUAACGCCGAAGUCGACAACGCGCUUGCAGAACGCAGGCCAAGCAUUGAGAACGAGCUUCUGGCGCUGACAGCGAAGCUGGAGCAAGUGACCCUGGAGAAGCAAAAGAACGACCAGAUUCUGGAGGAGAAGAACGCCGCGCUUCAGGCCAAGGCUGAGGAGAACGAGCGCCUGGCUCGUGAGCUGAAGAAGCUCCAGAAGAUGAAGCCGUUUGAGCCUGUUCUGGACAUUGAUCUCUCUCUUGAGAGCGAAGACGGCGACAAGAAGGAUAAGGAUCCUCGCAAGCCCAAGCGUCCGACGUCAGCUUACGUCCUCUGGUGCAACGACGUCCGCGAGGAGGUGAAGGAGAAGAACCCCACCGCCUCCGUCACGGAUCUCGCCAAGAUCUUCGGCGAGAUGUGGAAGACCGUCUCCGCGGAAGAGAAGCGGGUCUUUGAAGCCAAGUUCAACGAGGAGAACGAGGCGUACAAAGUGAAGAAGGCUGACUACGACAAGAUGAUUGAGAGAGAGAACCGGGAGCAGGCUGCACUCAAGAAGCUUCACGGGGACAGGAAGAAGGAGGCAGCGUUGAAGCUUCUCGAGCAGUAUGAAGCUCACCAGAAGGAGGUCGCCGAAUCUGCUGCGAACGACAAGAAGAAGACCAAGGACCCUGAGAAGCCCAAGCACCCGCUCUCGGCCUUCAUGCUCUACUGCAACGAGCGCCGCCCGCUCCUUGCCGCGGAGCGGUCGGGGGAGAAGCGCGACACGAUCGAGGAGUCGAAGCUGCUGGGCGAGGAGUGGAACAGGAUCAAGGGUACCAGGAAGGUGGAACGGUUCGAGAAGCUGGCGCUGAAGGAGAAGGAGCGGUACAUGGCGGAGAUGGAGGUAUACAACGCGAAGAAGCAGGAGGCCGAGGAGAAGGUAGCGACUGCAAAGCAGGCUGAGAAGCAGCGGCGACACGCUGAGGACAUGAAGGAGGCGGUCGCGCUGCUCGAUCAGGAGGACAUGGAGAGGAAGAAGCUGGAGAAGCAGGUCGCCAAGCAGGUGGCUGCGGGCUCUAAGAAGCAGCAACCAGCACCUGCUGCUGAGGCGAAGAAGGCGGCCAAGGACCCCAACAAGCCCAAGAGGCCCAUGUCUGGAUACCAGCUCUUCUGUUCUGCUGGUCGCGCCAAGCUGGCGGAAGCCAACCCAGGCGUGUCGUUCGGUGUGCUGAGCCAGCUUCAGGGCAAGGCUUGGGGCGAGCUGUCGGAUGGUCAGAAGGCGGAGUGGAACAACAAGGCAGUUCCCGCCAUGGAGGCGUACAAGCAAGCCAUGGAGAAGUAUAAGGCCGAGAACCCCACAGCUGCCGUAGAUGACGAGUAGAAUGAUGUCACUCAUGGGUAACGGGUUUCGGAGGGCUUCCUUGGCCCCCUCAUUCAAUAAUGCUAGCAUGCUAAGUUAGGUUCUGUAAGGCCGGUGAACAACUUCCUUAGCUGAGUCUUGUCUUGUUAGCUGGCCCUUCUCCAGGGUCUUGUUCAUAUUAUACUGUCUAGAACAAGCCUUCAUACUUUCUUAAUCAGCAGACAUUCCUAUCGCUGGAAGAUUACUG